AUGGGUGCUCCUAAGCAAAAAUGGACUGCAGAAGAAGAGGCAGCUCUGAAAGCCGGAGUAGUAAAAUACGGAGCAGGAAAAUGGCGAACCAUACUUACAGACCCGGAUUUCAGCACCAUUUUGCGAAUGCGUUCUAAUGUAGAUCUCAAGGAUAAAUGGAGGAACAUAAAUGUGACAGCAAUAUGGGGAUCCAGGCAGAAGGCAAAACUUGCGCUUAAAAAGAACCUACCUCCUCCCAAAUCUGAAAAUAAUCACGCAACCUCGAAUGCCAUAGUUCCGUAUAAUCAAGAAGUUGCUGCUGCUAAGCCUCUAACAGUUUCUGGCGGAACAUCUACUUCCAAAGAACAAAUACCAAGAUUGGACAGCCUUAUAUUAGAGGCUAUUGUCAAGUUGAAGGAGCCAAAGGGUUCUGAUAUUUCCGCCAUUGCUGCUUUUAUAGAGGAUCAAUACCGGUCUCCACCAAACCUCAUAAAGUUACUUUCAUCAAAACUGAAGCAUAUGGUGGCAAGUGGUAAAUUAGUGAAGGUAAAUCAGAAAUACAGGAUUGCAACAAAUUCUUCAAAAAUAUCUGAGAAAAAAAGAUGCUCUUCGAUGUUGCUCCUGGAAGGAAGGCCAAAAGAUUCUCCAAAAGCAGAGAAGGCUGAUGCCAACGUCCUCUCAAAAUCCCAAAUCGAUGUCGAGCUUUUAAAAAUGAAAGGUGUGACAGCUCAAGAGGUGGCAGCAGCAGCUGCAAAAGCAGUUGUAGAGGCAGAAGCUGCAAUUGCUGAGGCUGAGACAGCAGCACGAGAGGCAGAGGCUGCAGAAGCCGAAGCAGAGGCUGCUCGAGUGUUUGCAAAAGCAGCACUGAAGGCACUAAAAUGCAGAAGACUUAAUAUUUGA